AUGGCGAGUUCUUCGAGCUCUGGUUUGGAAAACAACGCCUUGGCUCAGAAGAAUGAGAGCGAAAGAGUCAGGGAUGAUAAGGUGGCCCAAAUCAAAAACCGUGUGCACGGAGGCCGAGCUAAGGGAAAAACCUGUCAUCAGUGCCGGCAGAAGACACUGAAUUUUGCGGCCUCAUGCACCAAUAUCAAGACGAAGGGUCGUCGUUGUCAAAUUAAUGUAUGUUGCAGAUGUCUCCUGAACAGAUAUGGAGAAAUAGCUGAGGAGGUGGAACGUGAGGGUAACUGGAGUUGUCCCAAAUGCAGAGGCAUCUGUAAUUGUAGUACUUGCAUGAACAAAAAAGGUCUCCAACCUACUGGUCUUCUUGCACCAACAGCCAAGGCAGAAGGGUUCAAAUCUGUUUUUGAAAUGUUGAGUGUGAAAGGGCUAGAGAACUUAGGUCGAGACAAGAAUGCUGGACGCAAGGGUGCUUCGCGGAAAAAGGCUGUUGCUUUAGACGAGGAUCCUGUUGUUGAUUCUCCGAGAAAACGAGGGAAGGAGAAUUCUGUUGAAGGAAGUGAUGUGAAUUUGAAUGAAACACUGGACUCUGAUGAGCUGAAAAGUAAGAAAGCAAAGCGGGGAAGGUUGAUGGAAAUUGGUAAUGAGGGCAGAGAUGAUGCCAAGGCCAAGACUGGCAGAGGACGCCGCAGAGGCAAGGAAUGCAGCAUGAAAAAGAACAAAGCGGAAGAGGAUGAGGAUGAUGCUGUCCUGCCUCAGGGCAAACCUGUAACAGAUGCAGCGCAGAUUGAGAUACCUCCUGAGGAUGCUGGAAAUGCUCUGCAAUUUUUGGAAUUUUUCUCAGCUUUUGGAGAGGUGCUAGACUUUGAAAGAGACCAAGCUGAACAUCUACUUAAAGAAUUAUUGCAUCGAGGAAGGGGGCGAAGUGGACGCCCAGAACAGUACUCCUCAAUAAUUCGAUUUCAUAUCAUGAUGCUCUCCUUCAUACAGGAGGAUACAGGAAAGGAGUCUCACUGUUUAGGUGAAACAAGCAACAAGAAUACAUGGUUUCAAGAUUUGGGGAAACGCAUCUCUAAAUCCGGCAUCUCGGGCCAUGUAAUGGAUGGACUUCCCCCAGAGUGCUUUAGCAAAGGCAGUGCUGGAUAUGAGAUGUUAAACUUCUCACAGAGACUUAGGCUUUUAACUUUCCUCUGUGACGAGGCUCUUGGUACUAAUACAGUGAGGGACUGGAUAGAUAUGCAAAGUGAAGAAUCUGUUGAAACAAAGAAUGCAAAAGGAAAAGUUGCUGCAGCAAAGGAUAAGGAGAAAGAUAUCCAAAAAAGGUUGGAGGUUGAGAAGGCGAAGAGGGUAAAUGCAGAAAAGGAUGGUCCUGUCUCAAUUGAAAAACAUGAUACUAAUACUAUGGUUUCACGAUUAGAAAGUGAGGUAGCUCAAGCUCAGGCGGAGGUCGCUGAAGCAGCAGCCCUGGUACCUAAAAAGAAGCCAUUUUCUGAUGCUAUAAGAACACAGCCUCAUCUUGUGGAUGCUGAUGGUCGUGUAUUUUGGAAAUUAAACAGCCAUACUGGUGGUGAAGGUGGUGUUUUGCUUCAAGAUAUGGGAAAAUGGGAUGAAUCUCCAUCUCACGAAAAAUGGUUCGUUUAUGGUGCUGAAGCCAAAGAGGGGGUCGAAAAAUACCUCGCUCAUCUGACUCUAAAGCAACAAAAGGAAAAGAGGGCUAUGAGGAAAAAGCGUUCCAAAACUUCUUGUGAAAGUAAUGAAGAAAACAUGGAGCUCAUUCCUGAAAGUAAUGAAGAAAACAUUGAGCUGAGUCCUGAAAGUAAUGAAGAAAACAAGGAGCUCAGCCCUGAAAGUACUGAAGUAAACAAGGAGCUCAGUCCCGAAAGCAAUGAAGUAAACAUGAAGCUCAGUCCCGAAAGCAAUGAAGUAAACAUGAAGCUCAGUCCCGAAAGCAAUGAAGUAAACAUGAAGCUCAGUCCCGAAAGCAAUGAAGACAACAUGAAGCUCAGUCCUGAAAGCAAUGAAGACAACAUGGAGUUCAGUCCUUCGGAAAGCAAUGGAGAAAACAUGGAGCUCAGUCCUUCAGAAAGCAAUGAAGAAAACAUGGAGCUCAGUUCUUCUGAAAGUAAUGAAGGAAACAUGGAGCUCAUUCUUGUGGCUAAUUAG